UCCAAGACAAAACCACUCUUUGGUUUGUCCAUCAUGGCUGCGCCCCUAGUUCAAUGUGAAAGUAAGCGAUCAUGCUGCCAUGAAGUAACCUUGCGCUACGUUUAGAGUCACCGAAGUAUGUUGGAAUUUCAGCGAUAGCUCGGCCAGAUAAGUUUAUAUCAUAAAUGGCUUUCCGUGUGAGCAUCUCGAUUUUCGGGAAAUCUUUACGUGUUCCGAGAGUUGCUAACGUGUCUGCGCCACUGGAAAAUGCGUCACCGUUUCUCAGAACGGGAUGGGCUGCCCGUCGUCCAGGGACCAAUAAUGGACACGGUUUUCGCUUCACUCCUGCCUGUUUUAUUACAUCGGAUGCGUUUUUGAGCAGACUGGAGAAAGGCAAAGCGGCGGAGACAGAUGACACUCUUUAUCACUAUCCAGCCUCAGUUCUGCCCGACAGCGCUGAACAAUUAUCAUUGCUUGUGAAGGAUCCAGAUCAACCAGAGAACUCAAAGGUUUUAAGAGUGGCCAUCAUUGGUGCCCCAAAUGCUGGGAAGUCCACACUGUCCAACCAACUGCUUGGCAGAAAGGUGUUUGCUGUUUCCAAGAAAGUGCACACCACACGGUCCCGUGCCCUUGGCGUUCUCACAGAAGACGACACACAAAUUAUUUUACUGGACACUCCUGGACUCACUACACCUACAAAAGUCAAGAGGCACCAGCUGGAGAAGUCUCUCCUCGAGGAUCCUUGGAAUACAGUCAAGGAAGCUAGUCUUGUGGUGGUAAUGGUAGAUGUGUCAGACAAGUGGGCCUGCAACAAGCUAGACUUUGAGGUCCUGAAAUGCCUGACCCAAUACCCAGAUAUCCCAGCAGUCCUAGUUCUCAAUAAGGUUGACAUGCUGAAGAGCAAGAGCAGGUUGUUGGAGAUCACAGCAGAUCUGACAUGUGGAGUGGUGAACGGCCGGAAGCUGCAGGUCCGCAGGGUGAUCAAGCCACCCUGGGCUGAGAGGAGGACAGAUAGGGAGGCUAGGACAUCAGGGUCUGGAGAUGAGGACAAGCCGGGUGGUGAUGUGGCUCAUGGUGAGGGCAGUGAGGCCCAGUCAGGGCUGAGUAAGGAGCAGCUUAGGGCUCUGAAGACCCAACAGGGCUGGGCUCACUUCAAGGACGUCUUCAUGCUCUCUGCUGUGGAUGGAGAGGAUGUGGAGACACUGAAGAGAUACCUAGUAGUGGGGGCAAAGCCUGGGUCUUGGCAAUACCACAGUGAUGUCCUGACAGAUCAGACUCCUGAGGAGAUCUGCACCAACACUGUCAGAGAGAAGCUUCUGGAAUAUCUGCCCAAAGAAGUCCCUUACACAAUGACGCAGGCCAUUGACUUGUGGCACGACAGGGAGAAUGGAGAGCUGGAUAUAGCAGUAAAACUGUAUGUGAAGAAAGAAAGUCACAUGAAAAUGGUGAUUGGCCAGGCUGGUCAGAUGGUUGCCAGGAUAGCCAGAGAGGCUGGAGACGACCUGAGCACAGUGUUCCUCAGGGAGGUCAAGCUGAGGCUCUCUGUGAAGGUGAAGAACUGACGAGGAUUAUGAUGAACUGAGUGUUAUGAUCAUCUGGGGGACAGUUUUAUGGUGGCCUUGUGAAUAGGAAAUGAACACUGUUGGACUCACUAUUUUCAAGGAAAGAUCUGACUGGUUUCUACUUCUUGACUAUCAAAUCAACGUUUAUUUGUCACAUGCACCGAGUACAACUGGUGUAGACCUUACAGUGAAAUGCUUACUUACAGGCUCUAACCAAUAGUGCAAAAAAGGUAUUAGGGGAACAAUAGGUAAGUAAAGAAAUAAAACAACAGUGAAAAAUAACAGUAGCGAGGCUAUAUACAGACACCGGUUAGUCAGGCUGAUUGAGGUAGUAUAUACAUGUAGAUAUGGUUCAAGUGACUAUGCAUAUAUGAUGAACAGAGAGUAGCAGUAGCGUAAAAGAGGGGUUGGUGGGUAGUGGGACACAAUGCUGAUAGCCCGGUUAGCCAAUGUGCGGGAGCACUGGUUGGUUGGGCCAAUUGAGGUAGUAUGUACAUGAAUGUAUAAUGCAUAUAUGAUAAACAGAGAGUAGCAGAGGGGGGCACACAAUGCAAAUAGUCCGGGUAGCCAUUUGAUUACCUGUUCAGGAGUCUUAUGGCUUGGGGGUAAAAACUGUUGAGAAGCCUUUUUGUCCUAGACCUGGCACUCCGGUACCACUUGCCAUGCGGUAGUAGAGAGAACAGUCUAUGAUUGGGGUGGCUGGGGUCUUUGACAAUUUUUAGGGCCUUCCUCUGACACCGCCUGGUGUAGAGGUCCUGGAUGGCAGGCUACUUAGCCCCAGUGAUGUACUGGGCCGUACGCAAUUGUCGUACCAGGCAGUGAUCCAACCAUGCUCUCGAUGUUGCAGCUGUAGAACCUUUUGAGGUUCUCAGGACCCAUGCCAAAUAUUUUUAGUUUCCUGAGGGGGAAUAGGCUUUGGACAGACCUGUAGCUAAAAUGUGCUGCUGAGAGCUUGUAAAGGCUCAUCAUGAGUCAGCUAGUGAGAUAGCUAUCAGAAACAGAGAGACAGCACUCUCUCCCUUGGAACUUGGUCCCAGCCUCAUCUACAGUCACUUCUCUCAAGGGUCAAUACUGUGUUCUUGCAUAAGCAUUCUUCUUACGUAAAAGAUGACUUGCAGAUAUUUGUUUUUCCUUUCAGAGCUUCUGUAAGAUUUUCUUUUAAUUUCAAUUUUGACCUCUUAAUUAAACAGCUCUAUUUUGAUGUGGAUUGUGUGUGGUGGGGGUUGGGCCGAGCUGUGAAAAGGUUUCUGGUUUAUCUUGGGCUUCCAGAAGCUUCCCCUUGGCAGUAGACCUCUGCUAGCCUGGCCUGCUGAUAAUUGAACUGGGAGUAGCACAGUCAUGUUCUGUCUGUCGAAUGUCCCUGUUGUUCUAUCCAGCCCCUGCCUAUCUCCGUCUCGCACUCUCUUGCUCAGCUGCCCAUAGCAUUGCAGUCCCCUCAAGCCUCCAUUUCUAUCACUCUUUCUUUUGUCUCUCUCAUAGCAAAACUCAGCCCGAGAACUGAAUUCUCAACUCUUUAAUGGAAGGCAAAAUGGAGCGCUAACCUGCUUGUAAAAUGGGUCAGAUAAUAGUGAUUAGGUUCACCCCCCCCCCCCUGUGAGUUUGCUCUGAGCUUCUUUCUCUAUCCAGGCUACCUUGAUGAAUAACAAGUGUGUGCCCUCUGUGGCCUAAAGGAAGGGCAAAGAGCGAAAAAGAGAGGAAAGGCUGGAGUGUCUCAAUGAAGAGACAGAGAGGGCUGUGAUGUCUUGUUUACUGUGUACAGAAACAGCUGCUCUCCAUUGAUUACUGACAUUUACACUGCUAACUUGUGUAGAAUGCUAGACUUGAUCUCAGAUUAGACUAACCAACUGCUUUUUAAAGCUGUACACUGUAUAUGAAAUUGAAUAAAUAAACUAAACAUUCAUACAA